AUGGAACAGCGAUCGACAGAUCGAUCACCAUCACCGACAGCGGAAGAACUCGCAGUCUGGGAGAAACAACUCCUAGACGACCCCGAUGAGGAGAUGACAGAUAUCACCCUCAAUAGCGACGCGAACAACGAAGAAAUUCCAGUGGAGCAAUUCCAAGAAUUAGCAGUAAGCGUCCCGCAAACAAGAAAAGCGGAGGAAUCAAAUGUACCUAUGAAUCAACACGAAGGUACACCUCCGAAACCGAACGACAAACUCGGACGGUUUGAGGACAAAUUCAGGUCCAUGAGCGAGGUAGCCGAAUUCUUGACUAACAAGUCAACGGCAGAACUCAAAGCAUCAAUCCGAGGCAUGAAAAUCAGCUCGGGUGUGCGAAUAAUUCGCGCAGAACUCCAGCGGAGACAACGUGUAAUCUACCGCUACACCAAACUCAAUGACCUAACAGUCUACGAGUUGAGAGACAAACAGUCUAAGAAAGACAUAUCAGACAACGAAAUGAUGCUUGGCUACGAAAUCAGCAAAAAUCGAAGAUCUCAAUCACCAGACCCAACAACCGAAGAAUCAAGAUUUCGCGAAUGCAUGGAACAAGCAUAUACGGAGAGCAAAAGAAGAUAUGUACACAGACGGAAGCAUAGAUUACCAUCACCACGCUUUCGUCAACAAAAUGGUGAAUUCAUCAGAAUUGAACCAACACAACAUCCAUGGAAGAAAAAGAAAUCAUCGGACCAACAUCACGCCAAAGCGCCCGAUCACAAAGGAUUCGCAAAGACCGUGCGAUUCCAAGCCACCUGCCGGGCUCAAGCGAAGAGAAGUUGCCGCGAACCACCGAAAUAA